AUGGAAAAUCCUCCAAUUCUGCCCAAUCCAGUGGAUGAAGAGUCUCUCCUGCUCUACAUGGCUAUCUUGGAGGAUGCCAUCAAUGUUGCAUUGGUAAGGGAAGAAAGAUGUGUUCAGCACCCCGUGUAUUAUGUUAGCAAAAGACUCAUUGGGGCAGAGUCUAGGUACCCACUGAUGGAGAAGCUAACUUUUUUCUUAAUGAUGACCUCUCGGAAGCUAAGACCCUACUUCCAGGUGCAUUCGAUUAAGGUCCUCACAAACAAUCCCCUCAGACAAGUCCUUCAGAAACCUGAGUCGGUAAGACUCUUGAAGUGUUCGUUGGAGUUGAGUCAGUUCGACAUCACCUACCAUCCGAGCACUGCCAUAAAAGGUCAGGCACACGUAGAUUUCAUCACCGAGUGCACAGGGAAUCAGGAGAAGACUGCGAGUACCCUAGUGGUCGGACCAGCCUGGAAGCUGUUUGUUGACAGGUCUGCGAACGAAAAUGGUGCUAGGGGUGGACUUAUUCUGGUUUCCCUCGAGGGUCAUAGAGUUCAUAGUGCCUUCCGUUUUGGGUUUAGCGCCUAUAACAAUGAAACAAAAUACGAAGCCUUAAUCAUUGGGUUCUACGUGACACUGGAGCUCAAGGGCGAGGGCCUUGAAAUCUAUAUCGAUUCUCAACUUGUUGUGAACCAGGUUCUCGAAGAGUACCAGGCCCGGGGAACAAAAAUGGCAGCGUACCUGGCAAAGGCUCAAGAAAUGUUGCAUAACUUCCGAAGAAUCACUAUUCAGCAGGUGCCGCGAGAGCAUAAUUCCAAUGCUGAUGCUCUGGCUAAGCUGGCCACGACCAAAGAUGCUAAGUUGAUUAAUGUGGUUCCCAUUAAUUACUUGGAGUCUUUGAGUAUCUCGGCUCCAGGCGAGGUGGAUUCUAUACAACCCCAAGAUGGGUGGAUGAAGCCAAUGGUGAAAUAUCUCAUCUUUGGGGAGUUGCCCCAAGACAAGAAGGCAGCUCAAAAGUUGUUGUAUCAAGUACCGAGGUACAUAAUCAUGGAUAAUAGGAUUUAUAGGCAAGGUUACUCCAUGCCUUUGCUUCGGUGUGUGUCCAAGCAAGAAGCCAGUUAG